AAACUCUCCCUACUCUUCUUCAUUCGUCGGCUCACUCGAAGCACAAACUCUAUUAUCUUCCGCUACAUCACUAUUGUUCUAUUCUGCCUCAUACUUGCCUGUGGAUUGAUUUCACUGUUUGGAACUGCUUUUCAGUGCAUACCAAUCUGGGCACGAUGGUCUUUCAUUACGUUGGCUAAAGUCGACCGGUCGAAGUACAAGUGCCUCGACAAUACGAAGUUCCAAACAGGUCUGAGAGCGAUGCACAUUAGUACAGACUUACUCUUAUUGAUCUAUCCGUUGUUUAUCUUUCGGUCUCUACAGAUGCCGCUACGGAAAAAGGUUGGAAUUAGUGUAGUCUUUUCCUUCGGCAUGCUCUGUGUGAUGUGUUCAAUUGUCAGGAACAUCAUCUUUGGAAAGAAGAGACCCGAUUAUACUUAUAUGGCCCACGACGUCUACAUCUGGAAUAUGCUGGACAUCACUUCGGCCUGUAUUGUGGCUUCUCUCCCAGCU